AUGGGGAGAACAGAUCACGGUUUCAGUCAGAAAAAUGAAACAAAGCCCUACCAAACGGCGGACACUUCGUGGGACAGUACAUUAUCGUUCGAUCUUACAACCGGUGGCGGCGGCGGCGGCAAUAAACGAGCACCAGAAACGGCUCCCAUCAUCACCGACAAUAAGCGACAGCAGCAGUUGCAGGCUGUUACGGACCACCAUCACCCACCUCAAUUGAUCCCAUAUCCGUCGGAACGGAAUAGCAACACCAAACUCGACUACAAACCGUCAACCCGUACGGUCAGUUCCGAGGAUAGCUGCUACUCGGAGGGACGGUACAUUUCCUCCUCCGAUGACGAAGACGACGAGGACGACGACGAAGACGAACUAGAUCUGGACGAGAACGAUAUCCGAGAGGAGUACCUCCGGGAGCAUCAUCACCGCAAACGUAGUCUCGGUCAACCAAAGAACUCAACGCCAAAGGAAGCGGCGCAAAUCGCCGCACCGUCGGCUGAAAUCGUCGUCAUCCCCGAUCAUCAUCAGCAGGUGGUGGCGGGUGCUGGGGAACGAAGACGCAGUAUCACGCAACUGCAGAACACACUCAACAAGGCCAAGUAUCACUUUUCGUUCGAUAAAUGGAAAGGUCACCACGGCGGUGGCAGCAGCAACAGUGCAGCGGCAGCAGCAGCAACAGUAGUGGUCAACGGGAAUCAUCAUCACGUCAGUACCAGCCGAACCGUAGCCCCCUGCAUAUCCGGACCGGUGGCUGUUGGUGGAGUCGUUGGCGGUAAUGAUAAAUUGUUGAUUACCGAUCUCGCUAACAAUAAUCGGAAUUCGGUGCACGCAUCCACAAUGCCGAGCACAACUUCCGCAACGUCCUCCCCGCUACCACCGUUGGUCAUGAGCCCCGGGUCCAGUUCGAUCGCAGCGUCAGCUGCAUCACCCUGCUCGGCCAGCCCAUCAGCCGCCUCCAUUUCAUCGGAACCGUUCUCACGACUAUCGCGCUGGUUCUCGAUACGUCGCGGCUCGAUGAAUCAGUACGAUGUGAAGGGUCACAGUGGUGGUGGUGGUGGCGGCGGAAUGACGAAUUCGGUUUCCGCUGGCGGAAAAGAAAAUCGUCGCAACAGUAUCGACCACGUGGACUCGACCGGUUCCCUCUUCGGUGGUACCACCACCGGCAGUAGAUUCGAUGCUGGCAAGUUGGCGAUGGGAAAAGUUAUGGAAGCGGACGAGGAUCCUCUGCAGUUGGCACUGGACAGUUUUGCGAUGACCCGAGGUGCCGGAGGGGAACCGAAAACGACCGAGAGGAGACACAUUCCGGUUGCACUGCCACCGGCUCCACCGGAACUAACCCAGCAGCAGAUGAAACGAAGACUGAUCGUGGCCGCUAUCGUUCACAGUGAGAAUUCUUAUGUGGCCUCGUUGCAGCGGCUGGUGAAUGAAUACAAACGACCCCUCGAGGAAAGCAACCCGCCUAUUCUGAACCCAUCGAAGACUGCCAUUCUGUUCCACCGCUUACCGGAGAUCCUACAGCUGCACACUCUUUUCCGCAUUUCGCUAGCCGAUUACAUUCAAAGUUGGGACACGGAAGAGAAGAUCGGUGACGUUUUCGUGGCCACCUUUAGCAAAUCUCUCGUUCUGGACGUGUACAGCGGAUUCAUCAAUAACUUUUCAAUCGCCAUGGAUCUGGCACGGAUGGAAGCGAAGCGAAAGUCGGCUCUGUCCGAUUUCUUCAAGGUUAAACAGAUCAGUUCCCACGAUCGGUUGUCGUUCUUUGGGUUGAUGGUUAAACCGGUGCAGCGGUUUCCGCAAUUUAUCCUAUUUCUGCAGGAUCUGUUGAAGUAUACCCCGCAAGGGCACCACGAUCGGAUGUCACUUCAGUUGGCACUGACCCAGCUGGAAUCGCUGGCGGAGAUGUUGAACGAGCGAAAGCGGGAAGCCGAACAGUUCCAAGCGUUUAAGGAAAUGUUGGAGAAUAUCAGCGGAACGUUUAACAUUCGUUCGUUGGUUUCCGGCGGGACGUCCGAUACGACGAUCAAUAGUAGUAAUACGAGGUAUCUGUUGCGGGAGGACAAUGUUACCCAGCUGGAGUUCAAUCAGUCCGGGUAUAUUGUGAAGAGUAAAAAGCGACGGUUGUUGCUGUUGAACGAUAAGGUUCUAUGUGUUUCGGUGGCUCCCAAACAGUCGCACGAAUUCGGUUCCUCGGAGAAGCUGACAUUCAAAUGGAUGCAUCCGGUGCAGGAUGUUGAGAUUGUGGAUAAUAAUCAGUCGAUCACGCUUUCGAGGAUACUAACGGCGGGUAUGAAACGAGGUAACAGUCUUAAAUCAAACUCGAGCUUCGAUUCGCCGCAUCUUGGAACGGGCGGGCAUUCCGUUGGAAGCACAGCAACGAUGAACAGUUCGUUCGGUAGCGGACCCGGUGGAACGUUGCCGGGUUGUGGUAGCGAUGCGGAUAACCUGUGCGGAGAAAUGAACAAUCUGAUGCAUGACUACGAGGUCAUGUCCAGGAUUAACGAUCUGGUCGGUUCGCUCAAGGGUAGCUACAAGGAAAUCAAUCUUGGUGUGACGAAAUCCAUCCUCGCGGAUAUUCAAACGUCAAUACAGAAAAAGGACGAAGAAAUUUCCUGGGUGGAUUCGUGCUGUCUCCAGUUGGUACUGAAAAACGUUGCCAAGGGUGGCAAGGAGGACCUAACGUACACAUUCCAGAUCGAGAGUCCACAGGUUAAGAAGGACUGGAUAACGGAGCUGCGGCUAGCGCAGCUCGCACUGGAUCCGAACAAUUCUCCCGCGUGGCAAAUCGGUGCCGAGCACGAGCAGAGAUACUCCCUGGCCAAGAUGCCGCUGUUUGUGAAGGCCUACCCGGUCUACAAGUCGCAGCAUCAAACCGAGGUCUGCUGCGGAUGUUAUUUCUCAUCAAACCUAGCGGCAUCUGGGGCUUACCGGCUGAAACCUUCCGCCCGGAAACGUUCGAAGCACUCGAACACGCUGUGGAUCUGCUCGAGCGAUAAGAUCAACAGUCACGUAACGAUUCUUUCGCACAACAGCGCCCAGCACCAGAGUAACGGGGGAUUCGGGGAGUUGGCUCGGUUCAGUUUGGGUGAAACGAUCGUCACCUGUAUGGAGUAUGUGAAGGAGGGCGGGUUGAUCACCGGAGAUGACGUGGGUGUGGAUUCGAUCUGGAUGGGAACGAACAACCACCGGGUGCUGAUCUAUUCGGCCAGUUAUCCCAUUAAUGAUGAGCAGUUGGUUAACCUGUCACUGCCGGGAAUUCCUAGUCAGAUAUUGUACUUUAAUGAGCGUGUUUUCGUUGGGAUGACGAACGGAAGUGUGUUGGUUUUUGGCCGGACGGAGGUAGGCAUCUGGAGCUUGAACAGUCCGAAGAUUUUGACGGUACAGUCGGAACCGAUCACGAGCUUGUUGGCGAUCAACAGCAGCGUGUACUUUGCGGCUGGUCAAAACGUCUACGUGAUCAACGGAAGAACGAGUGAGGUCGAGAAGAACUUCCACAUUAAGCACACGAAUUCGGCUAACGUUAGUUCGAAUGUGAAUCUCCUAGCCCACUCCGGAAUCGGUCUAUGGAUCUCGCUGAAGAAUUCCAGCAUCAUUUGUUUGUAUCAUACGGAAACGUUCAAACAUCUACAGGAUAUUAAUAUCGCUUCGAACGUACUGCGAGUGACUUCAUCGCAUCAGAAUCCUUCGAGGGAAUCCAGUUCUGCCAUUCAAGUAACCGCUCUGAUGGCGGCCAAAGGAAUGCUUUGGGUCGGAACGAAUGUUGGCAUCACGUUGACGAUUCCUCUGCCGCGACUCGAAGGAGUUCCGAUCAUCAGCGGAGGUGUUAACAUCUCCUACCAUGCUCAUCUGGGUCCAGUCACCUUCCUGCUUCCUCUUGUUACCAAAUCCUAUCAUCCCCUCAGCACUGCGCAAGCAGUCAAGGCCCCUGAACUGAAACUGAUAGCAGCGAAUAGCGAAAACAAAGAAGAGAAUCGAUCGGUGGAACCGGUUGUCAAGGUGGAAGACUCAGAAAAACAGAAGGAAACUACGGCUUUGAAAGAGCAGAUCUGCUCCAGUCCGGUGAUCCUUCGCCGAAAGAAACAACCUCCCAUGGACUCCGGUCGUAUGGCGAAGACGCUUCCCAGGAAUCUCCGAACCAGUAGUGGAGCUUUUUCACCCUCCAUCCAUUCGACGCUGUCCUCCUCGUCCCAGUACUCGGACCAGACCUGCGAUGUCUACGGAUUGUACAGUGACCUAAUUUUCGUCAAAGAAGACAUCGAAAAUCAGGACGAUCGUAACAUUCUAGAUCCCAGCUACGAAUAUCAGCGCCGAAGCGAUCCGGACAUUGCAGCUAUACCGGCCAAAGUAACCACCCUGGACCGACGGCUACGGAUGAAGGUGAGUCGCCCCCGAUCACUUGACCUGUCCAAUUGGUCCAUGGAAUCACGAUCGUCCAGCGUGUACACUUCCUCCGGAAGUGACGAGAACGUGGGCGGUCGCAGCGCAAAUGGCAGCAAAAAUGUAUCCCGCAACAGCUCCAGCGCUAGUCACAAAAUGAAUAACUCCGAUCUGGACAACAUCAACGAGCACGAGGUGAUCAUGCUGGCACCUCUAAAACCAACAGAGCCGAAUCAAGGCACCUCCAAAGAAUCAACCGCUCCGUCGGCGUCGUCGUCGUCGGAGCUGGAAAAGUAUCCUUCUCACACGGCCAAACGGAAAAAGGCUCAGUCGACGAGUGCCGGCGGUGCCGGAGGAGUAGGAGGAGCUCAAACCGGUGGAGAUAACAACGGCUCAGCCCGGAGAACGAUCCUCACGCUAACCGGUGGUCGAGGUUGCGUCAACUGGCGGCACAUUUGGGAGCGGGCUGGUCCUGCGGACGGUACAAGCAAAUCCGCUACCAAUUCGCCACAGAAUCAUCAUCACCACCAGCAGCACCAGCGGACUAACUCGGCCACGUCCCUGGCCGGGUUGGGACAAACCAACUCAACCGAUGCUCAUAUAAUCAUUUGGGAGAAGAAACUGUAGGUUUGUAUUUUUGUUUUCCUGAAACAAUGUGAAAAGUGUAAAUAAUCCGGCUUUUUUGUGUGGAUCGAGCGGUACUUUUUUAGCUUUAGAGAAGAAAAAAAGUAUAUGAAUAUAGUCCUAUAUGUUGAUUUGCAACAAACGAAUCCCAGUGAACUGGUAGUGUGUGCUGAGAUCGCAUAAAAACCCAUUUAGGCAAAAGAGUUAAAAAAAUGUGAUAGAUAUUUUUUCGUUGCACACAUUUCGAUUGCAUAUUCUCAUAUCUCACCACAAUCAUAUUUUGUUCACCCUUUUUUCCCGGAAAGAAGCGAAAGCCAUCGCUUCAACCGCGGAACCAGGGCAAAAAGAUGUAUAUUUAACUAAUUUUAUAUAUAAUUUUUAUAAUUGGCAUACAUCAAACCAACGGAGAGAUUUGUUAGUUGUAAAUGAAAGCAUAUAUUAUAUAGAGUCAAUCGAAUCGGAAAAAUCUAGCAGAAAAGUAUGAAUUAGUAUCAUUUUUUCCACAUCAUCAAAAGAAAAAAAACAACCUCAAAAAUCAAAACAGCGGUAUUUAUUGUUACUUUGUAAGAGAGCUACCACUCGACCAGAUUUCCCAUUCCGUGCAGCAAUGAUAAUUGAUAAUUUUGUAACGAACCAACGCAGAAGAGAAAGUAGGAUCCUCCCGUAAACCGCAUUCUAUUCGAGUAAGGAAAGUUUAAUCUCUCUGAACCCGGUAUCAUCAGGUAGGCAUUUAACGGUUUGUUAGUUUUUAGUACGAAACAAGAAAAGUUUUACCUAUUGUACAGAACUAAUACUACAGCGUUAGAUUGAUUACUUUGUAAAACUUCGAAUUGAACGAGCGAACAAAGAAGCGUUAAGGGGGUUGGAAUUUUGUACAGGAUUCGUUUAGGAUUAUACUAGUUAUUAUUGUUCCUUUACACUUGUUUCCUUUCUAUCACAUGUUUUCAUAUCAUUCGAAAGAGAGAAAAAAAUAGUUCACCUUCUGAAAUCACUGUAAAUGUUUAACCCAACUCAUCCUUGCUCUAUUCUGGCCUCUCUGAUCUGCAUAUCAUCAAACUUUUAAAUCUGUUUCAAUAGAGUAUUUGUAAUAACAAGUAUAGACAAAAAAAAUCCCGGUGGCAAAAAAACAAUAACCCAAUUUAAUAAAAGGACUAGAUGUUCAAUAUUUGUAAAAAGUGAAAAUGAAAAAAAAAUGCUGUCUAUUGUUUCCUUCUCUUCUAUAUCACCAUCAUUGCAAAUUCUAUAAUAAAACUACACAUGCACGCUGCACGAUGGACAAAAGCACGGAAUGUUUCUGCUAGCAGUCAUUUUUACAAACCUACUUUAUCUCAACGUUAGCUAGUGUGGGAAUGCUGUUAACAAUAACUCCUUUUUUGGAUAAAUGUGUUUCUCAACGAAAUCUAUACCCUUUUCCGUAAUCCAAAGCGAACCACUACGGAGUAAACCUGGGGAACGUAUUAUCUGCUGCGCUGUCUAAUUGUCGAAAGAUGCCGAGUGAGUUGAGGGAUUGCUCACUUGCCAGCAUGUGACCGAAAAAUCUCCAUUUAAGUCUACUUAAUGUAGGCUGGGAAAUCUUUAGAGUUUGUACUUGUUCUGAAUAAAUCAAGGAAGAUUCAACUACUAGGUAAUAUGCUUCUUGUAUGAAGGCAGCAAUCUCUUCUACAGACGUUCAGUAAAAAAUGGUAAACUUCAAACCACAGGAACAUAUCGAUCAAUUUUUUUCACUCAAAUCGAUCUAUCCGCAUCGCUUAUAUUCUCCCAUACGACGGCGGUAUACUAUUGUGGACCUGGGAAGCGUUCUGAGUCAACUUCCAAAUGCAUCCGGCCUUGUCAAAACUCGUGAGAACAAUUUCCGAACCUGUUGUUUCAGCACGUUGUUCUUGGUCUGCACUUUGUGUGGUUAUUGUCUACUUUGCUUUUAUAGACCCUCGGGUUGUUCAGUUUUUUGAUACAUUUGAUUAAUCUGACGCUCGUUUCCGCUUCAUUGGCCAAAAUACGUGUCGACAUAGAUUUAUUCUUUCUAACUAGAGUCAAGUUUCGGGUUGGAACAUCUGGGUUUUCUGCAGUUCAUCCAAAGCAUAGUGUUCCCUAAACUUGUGUAUGAUGGAUUUUACACUCGCGGGAUGAAUUCCAAAAAAACAAUUUCCGUAUAGUUACACCCUUUUCACUUAGCCAUGUGUCCAAAACCUUAAUUUUCAUCUAAUUUUCAAUGCGCGACAUUUUGGAAACGAAACAUUUAAACCGUGCAAAAAAGUAAACAAACUGAAGAUGACAGUCAAACGCACAGCAUGCUGUGAUGAGCACAUUAAAACCUAAUUCAACGUAUACGGAACGACUCAACCAUUUUCUCCGGACAACUUGGCUUUUGUAUUGAGAAGCAAGUUUCCUUUAUUACGAAGCCCCGUACAAAACCAGUUUUUUCGCUUGAGCUGGACAGACUUGAGCAAUUGAAAAUCGUCACACCGGUAUUCAGUUCGCAAUGGACUGCUCCGAUAGUAGUAGUAUCAAAACCAGCUCUGCACUUGAAUCACAACAGCAUUGGUUGCCACUUCCGCAAGACAUCUUAGUUAAACUGACCAACAAAAAAAAAUCAAUCAGAUUCAGAUCUCCAAGUUGACGUUGGACCGUCAUCCAGAAAAUUGUUAAUUAUUAACACAAACAGGGAUCUUCUCGAAUUCAACCAACUGUAUCCAGAUCUAAAAACAGAUCCAGGAGCAUUUCAAGAAACCGUGAACAAUACUUACCUUACCGUUCAGGCUAGAGCCUUGUUGUCUCUUGCUGUAUGAAGAAGCCAUCUCCACUCCACUCGGUCCAUUGCUGCUUGUCGCUAGUCUCGCAGUCUUCGAAGGGUCCGCAGGUCGUCCUCUAUCUGGUCGAUCCACCGUGCUCGCUGUGCGGCGCCGUCUUCUUAUUCCUGUAGAGUCGCCCUCAAGAACUAUCUUCACCGGGUCGUCGUCCGACAUUCUUACGUCUUGCAUCUGCACGCCACCAUAGAUGGUACGAAGCACCUUUCGUUUGAAAACCCCAAGGGCGCGUUGGUCCUCCACGAGCAUAGUCCAGGUCUCGUGACCGUAGAGGACCACCGGUUUAAUCAGCUUCUUGUAGAUAAUUAACAAUUUUGUUCGACCGGAGCGUCCUCCGGAGUCCAAAGUAGGCACGAUUUCCCGCCAAGAUCCGUCUCUGAAUUUCUCUGCUGGUAUCAUUGUCGGCGGUUACCAGUGAGCUCAAAUACACGAAUUUGUCGACCAUCUCGAUUUCGUCACCGUCAAUCCGAACUCAAGAUGGGAGGUUCAAAUUGUCGUCUCUAGAACCUCUUCCUCUCAUGUAUUUUGUCUUCGAAACGUUGAUGGCAAGUCCAAUUCUGCUGGCUUCAGCUUUCAGUACGUUUCUGACAUCGCCUCAAAGUUCCGUGCCAUUAUGUCAAUGUCGUCGGCGAAGCCAAGAAGCUGGACGGACAUCCUGAAGAUCGUGCCACUCGUGUCUAUCCCCGCUCUCCUUAUUACACCUUCUAACGCAACGUUGAACAGCAGGCACGAUAGACCAUCACCUUGCCGUAACCCUCUUCGAGAUUCAAAGGGAGUGUCCCUGAUACUCGAACAACGCACAUCACCCGAUCCAUCGUCGCUUAGACUAACCGUGUUUGCUUAUCCGGAAAACCGUACUCGUGCAUUAUCUGCCAUAGCUGAUCUCGAUCGAUUGUGUCAUAUGCCGAUUUGAAAUCGAUGAACAAAUGAUGUAAGGACACGUUGUAUUCGCGGCACUUCUGCAGUACCUGCCGAAUCGCGAAUAUUUGGUCCGUGGUGGCGCGGGAACCCAUGAAUCCCGCUUGGUAGUGCCCCACGAACUCCCUUUCAAAUGGUGAGAAUCGGCGGCAAAGAAUUUGGGAGAGGACCUUGCAGGCGGCGCUAAAUAGUGUGAUCGCGCGGUACUUCCAGAAAUCCAACUUGUUACCCUUUUUGUAGAUUGGGCAAAGGACACUCUCCAUCUACUUCUCCGGAAGUCUCCUCCUCCCAAAUUUUGGCGAUUACUCAGCGCAGCGCAGCGCUCUAGCCGGUGUUUCACCACCGUAUUUUAAUGACUCGCUGGGUAGUUGCUCUACAGCGGCAGCUUUGUUGUUUUUCACCGAUCUCCUCCUUGACUUCUUGGAGAUCAGGGACCGGCAGCCUAUCGUCUUCUGUGCGUACUCCAAGAUCCGUUGCCAUACCGCCUUCGUUCUCUGCUGCUUCACCGUUGAGGUGCUCGUCAUAGUAGUGCUUCCCCCUCUCAAUCACCUCACACUUGUUCGUAAGAAGGUUACCGUCUAAGUCCCUACACAUAUCGGAACGUAGCCUUUACGCGAACUGUUUAGCUUCUCGUAGAACUUCCGUGUGUCGUUUACGCGGUACAGUUGUUCCAUCGCUUAGCGAUCUCGUUUCUCCUGUUGGCGCUUCUCGCUACGGAGGACCGAGGUUUGCCUGUUCCGUGCUUGUUUGUAUCGCUCCACAAUCCGUCUCGUUCCUUGCUGCAUUCUUGUCCUCUAUUAACUGCUUACAUUCAUCAUCGUUUCCUCGAUUCGGAAUCGCUGUACCUACUGCCGCUAUAGCAGUACUUCCUAUGGCGGAACGAAUCUCCCUCCAGCCAUCUUCAAGACUAGCUGCGCCCAGCUGUUCUUCCGUGGGUAGUGCUGCUUCCAGCCGCUGUGCGUAGUCUUGGGCAACCCCGGCGUCCCGAAGUUGCGCGAUGUUGGGCCUUGGCAGUGUGGUACACCGUCGAGAGUUUUGAGCGCAUGCAUACUGCAACUAGGUAAUGGUCCGAAUCUAUAUUCGCACUACGAUAGGUACGAACGUUGGUGAUAUCAGAAAAGAAUCGCCCGUCGAUUAGAACGUGAUCGAUUUGGUUUUCGGUGCGUUGGUCAGGCGAUCUCCAGAUGGCUUUGUGGAUAUCUUUGCGGGGGAAGAAGAUUAUACUUCGGACUACCAUGCCACGGGAGGCUGCAAAGUUCACGCAUCGUUGGCCGUUGUCAUUCGAUGCGGUGUCCAAGCUGUUUGGCCCUAUUACCGGUCUAAACAUUACCUCCCGUCCUACCUGAGCGUUCAUAUCACUGAUGACGAUUUUCACGUCCCGGUGCGAACAGCUGUCGUACACCUCCUCCAGCUUCGCAUAGAUCGCUUCCUUCUCGUCGUCGGGUCUCCCAUCGUGUGGGCAGUGUACGUUGAUAAUGCUGUAGUUGAAGAAACGGCCUUUGAUCCUCAACUAACACAUCCUUGCGUUGAUCGGAGUUCAUCCAAAUACGCGUUGACGCAUCCUAGCCAGCACUAUAAAGCUGGUUCCCAGCUCGUUGGUGGUGCCACAGCUCUGGUAGAAAGUAACCGCCCGACACCCGCUUUUCCAUACCUUUUGUCCUGUCAAGCAAAGUUCCGGCAGUGCUACGACUUCAAAGUUGCGUGGUUGGAGUUCGUCGUAGAUCAUCCUAUCGAAAGCUGGGCAGUUCCAUGUUCCGAGUUUCCAAUCGUAGUCCUUAUUUCGUCGGGUAGGUCUCUGCCGAUUGUUCCGAUUCGUAUUUUCUUCUGUAUUGUACGUAACGGUUAGUUUUCCAGGGCGGCUUGUUGACAUGGGGGGCGGCUUCCCCAACCCCCUGUCUCGCCGGAGGACCAUCGGGUCAGCUCUGUUUAGAGUCGCACGCUGACACGAGGAUGAUACAUCAGCCGCCAUUAACAUGGGGAACAGACGCUCGAAUGGACUCACCCUCCGAAAAGAGGAGCUCCCCCUCUUCCCUGUCAGCAUACGACCAUGGUCCCACCGGGUUCCUUAUCUUUCCUAUGGUUACUCGUACUUCAGCUGGUAUCGCUGGAAGUUACUGGACAAUAGGCUAAGGACCACUGUGGCGAACCACCGGAUCUAUAUUACGCAUUGCCCGGUCAUUUACCAGCCCUUUUAACUCUCCGCUUCGUCGCGAUCUACUCGUUGUAGUUCUCAUUGGUAGACCUAGGCUCCAGAACGAGCUAACCGGUAGGUGCCAAAGUUAGUUCAACCCAGAAAAUCAACCACUCUUUUGGUUGAAAUUAUGAUAAAUAUGUUUUCCGUGUAGUAUAGAAAUGAAAAAAAAAAUAUUAUUUCGUAUAAUUACGUGAAAAUUUUGGAAAAAAAACCAUGUGGACAUCAUAGGUAGGGGCGGCCGUAUUAGGUGUUAAAAAUUGGUAUGCCAUGAGAAUUCAAAAAAAAAAAUUAUAGCUAAGAUAGCGAUUAUAGCAAUCUUGAUGGCAGGAGGCGUUGCUAGAUAGAGUAAGGCAAUUUUCAUCAUACACGUGGUUAGAUCGGAAGCAGAAAAUAUAGUGUAUUUGUUGAACCAGUCUUUUUUAGCCUCGAUUGCCGUACCAAGUUGGGCUGUCCCUGUUGCUAACAUUGGCCCUUCGUAUCCUCCAGGUGAGCUGUACUAAAAUCACGCUUAUUCUUGUUUAUGACGAAUGCGAGAUUCGAACGAAUGUGGUUUGUAUUCUCGUUUACGUCAAGCUGAUCGAACGAAUUGAACAAAUCGUUCGACCCGGUUGAGAUCGGUGCUCCCUAAAUUGUAAGACAGUAAGCAGCAUCGUCAUGCCGUGUGACAACAAAUGAUUAUAUAUAUAUUUUUAAGUUAAAUAUUAGUUGGCUCAUGUUAGUUAAUCGGUGAUUAGGGUGUACGCGGGCUAACUCGGCAACCAUAGGAGGCGAACGAGUCUACCCAUCUGACAAGCGUCGAUGCUUCUGUCAGAAAGCGGAAGCAAAGCGAAAGGAAAAAUCUUUAUUCAGUUGGAAAAAGUAUAGAGUGACACUUGAAGACAGUUGGUGUGCGAGCGAACGGCCGCCGUCCUUUUUCGAGUUUCCACGCGGGAAAAAGCACGGUACAGAUUUCUGAACUGGUGGAAACGAUUGUGCGAAACGGUGCACUGAACAACGAUCGUACGCGAAGAGACUGCCCAUGACUGCGGUUGUACGGCUGGCAAGAGCCUCGUGGACCAGCACGGGAAGAAAUUCGGGGAUUCCAAAUGUUCACAUGGGCCACAGAAAGGAAGCUCGAAUUCGGUCACAUUAAAAUGUGCCAAGACACCGGUGAGCUAUUGCACGUCGAUCUGGAAGGCUGGGGAAUAUUGACGUGGGGUGAGGUUAUGUGCACUGUUACCCAGUGCGGUGGUGAUACUCGGGCAGUUCUUCAACAAGUGGUAUAACUGUCCAUCGGUGAAUUUGUUCUACUCCGAUCGUGAUAGUGAAACUUAGUUUACCGCCCAACCUGAAUGCCGGUAUGAGUAGCGGUUGUGUGUGUACGUGGGCCAUGAUAUAAAUUUUGCGGAAGAUCGGUUUGCGAGCGCUCUUCAAGCCAGGCCCACUGAAUUCCGCAGUUGAACGCCGCGCCGAAAAAAAAACAUAGAUUGGAACCGAGACCCAGCAGACGAUCGUAUUCGAACGACUUGAGAUACAUCGACAGGUCUGGCGAUUUGGCCAGCUGAUGAAGAUGACGAGCGAACUGACGUCAUCAUAUAUAAGGUAAGCGGGUGUACUGCAUGGUGCUUUCACUCCUUUGAUUUCGGUCAGUACAUCCGAAAUUCCGGGUCAGGUUGUAAUGGCCCUGAAGGGACGGGCAGAAUGGCCAUGAUGAAGAAAAUGAGUAAUGAGUAAAACCGCUGAAUUCUUCUAAUGGCAGCUGGUAAAGAGAUCAAUGCUCUUUCCCUUAACGUCUUUUUUUCUGCCACUUGGUCACUAUCAUCGAUUCCACCGAUCGCAGUUUUCCUAAAUAGCCAGGAUGAAAGGGUACCUAGAAUGACAGGAUGGGGCUUCCAGGCUACGUCCAGACCGAUGACGAUGGCCUCCCCAAACAAGACGGAUUCGAGGCAUUACGGUAGGCGAGACCUGUUCCAAUACCACUAAUGCUCAGUCCCACUCACGUUUAAUUUCGAGUCUUUAGCGUCGAUUCUCACUAAGUUUGCAUAUCUCCUGUUAACCGGGUGAUUAUAGCACACUCGGGUUCCGAGGUGACAAUCUCCAGCUUUGAAGAGGCAAAACAAGCUAGUGUCCAAAUUUGAUCGUCGAUCAAACCACGCGUUGUCUCACUUUUUGCAAACUGGUGAUCGCUGGUAACAGGAUCCCAGUAAAAUAUACAUGAAGCCUGUCCAUUCAUAGUAGAAGGCAAUCUUCUGCUCCAGCCCCGCCCAUUAGGAGGUAUGCCAACCUCGAUCUAGACGGCUGGAAUGCUAGGCUUGAAGUCAACCAAGCCGCUCUGCGAUACAGUGGUGCCAGGAUGUUAAAGAUGUCUUCCUAAUAAGCUGAAACUAGUCAACCAGGGGCCGUAAAAUAGGAGGCUUUGCAUUACAGCCUGGUUGCUGUUCCAUUCGAUCCACCUGUUACUUUAAGGUUAAGAUAUGUGGAAGCCAGGAACGCACGCUUGUUGCUAGGCACCGACGCGCUUGUUUACAUUGAGAACAAAUGAAAUUCGAAGUGAAAAUUCGAACGCACAAAUGAGUUUUCGGACAUUUUCCUUCGGUAAUCUGCACAUUGGCAGAAAAUUUGAAGUUUAGUUAGUAAACGAUUAAAGUUUCGUGGGUAUUUUUUCAGUGCUGUGUGAUUAAAGUGCAUUUGAAAAAGUGUUCUGAAAGCGAGAAAAAGAAAAAUAAGAGUGUUUCGAAAGAAAUCUCCAAGUGAAGAGGGAUGAUAUUUUCGCACAAAUAAGAGCUACAUAUGGAAUUCCGUCAAAAACUCGGGUUAAUUGUAUAGGAAAAUGUUCUAGCUUCAACAGCUCAAGUAGCUGUUUCGUGGUACACCGGCAAGGUUAGUGUAUUGAAAAACGUAUUUUUAUAUUUGCUCAUGUUAGAUACAGGGUUAGGCAGGGGAGGGGGAUGUGUACGGCAUAGGAGCUAUGUUGUGGCUCGCAUGUAUAAUGUCCUUAAGAGCGACGUGAGCUGAUGGUACGGAUUAGUCUUUUGUCACCUGAAUAUUCUAAAGCCAAUCGAGAACAACGUCCGACGACGUCAACGAUGUCGUCUUUCUGUUUAGAAGCGUCCGGUUGAGAAUCCUAUUGAUCAUCCAGAACAUGUCCGAUGUCCGGCCUCACUCUCGCUAGCUCGAAAUCUGUGGCCGAUCACGUAAAGGGUUGUUCGGAUCCCCUAGUGGAACAGCUGCUGGAAUACGCUCUCACGCCAGAGAUUUUUGGGAAGCUUUGUCUGAAUCCAAAAUGGUGAUGAAAUAGGGUUACAGAGAUCCGAAACAAGUCUUGUUUGUUGGUGGCCAUAGUCCGGCCAACUGGCGAAGGGUCGAGAGAGUUCUGCUCUUCAAGAAGUCGAAGAAGACAAUGAUCCCACCAUUGACUAUCACGUGGUCUUCCCGGUACACGGUUGGAGGAGUCUGAUAGUUUGGAAGUCAUUAGAAGUUCUCGUUCUUUGACAUCAUUUAGGAAUUGGUUUUAAGCGAGCUACGUCAUCCGUGAAUCUAACUAGCUCGACUCCUACAGGGAACUUUAGCUAUAGAACUCUAUUAUACAUGAUGUUCCGAAACGUUGGUCGAAGUGUAGAAUCUUGUGGUAAUCCCACCGUGAUCCUUAUCGCCUUCUGCCAUUUGGUGCAACCAUGUUGCACCAGCCUCUCGUCUGGCGUUGUCAUCCUCUAUUGAGGAUGACCCUUUCCAAGAUCUUGCCGAAAGCAUCCAGCAGGCAUAUGGGAUUCCGGGCAUAUGGGCGGAUUCCCUGGUUUGAGCAACAACGGUAGGUUCUAGAUCAUUCACCGAUCUGGGAAGUGCCCGGACAUGGUCGAAACCGGCCGGUAGUCAUUGUUCUUCUAUUUGUUACUGUUACUGCUGUUUUACUAUUGGCUAGUUAGCUGCAGGUUUCUUCAUGGUUCGGAAUUUUUCUUCUCGUUCUGACUUCGACUACGUUAGUUGGCCAUGAUAGAAACCCAAUUGACGAAUCUGCGCUGUAGUACACUGCAUCAAAUAUUUAACAAAGAAAUACAAAUAAACUUUUGUCGAAAGUCUAGUGAGUUUGUGUGGAGCUAGACGGUUGUUUAACGACAAAUCGAACAAUUUAUCUGUCUGCGAGCAAGUAGACGAACAGUGUACCUACCAGAGGCUUUAUGAGGCUAGUAUCCGGCAUCAAAACACCUGUGCGUCUGUCGUGAAGCUUUGGCCUUUGAUGGUCGUAUCGCAGGAUAUAUUCAGAGUCUAUUACGGGUUAGGAAUCCAUCAACAGCAGCGAUUCAGGUACAUGUUCAAAUGUAUGGAAUUAAAAGCCAAACACUAAUUUGUUUAUUUUACAGAUUCACCGAACCACUGUCACCUCCUUAAACUGAAUGUGUGCAAAAUCGCUCACCCGUGUCAGAACUGAAAACAAGUUUUCAUUGCUCUUUUCUUUAUGUCAAUAAAGUUAAAUCCCAGAUCAAAGUAGGCUAAUCAAAUAUUUGUUUUGGUUCCUUUUUUUCCAUUUUCAACCCAAAACAACAACACCAACACAGGGCGUCUUCAUCUUCAAUCUGGUCCAGUGGACUCCGGUCAAGUACCUCGGCUAUUCGUACCCGCUGUGGGCACACGCCUUCGGUUGGUUCACCGCCCUGUCCUCGAUGUUGUGCAUUCCCGGUUACAUGAUCUGGCUGUGGAGAAACACCCCCGGUGAUCGGGCUAACAAAAUCCGGUUGAUCGUCAGAAUCGAGGACAGUGUCAGUCAGCUGCGAGAGAGAAUGCAAGCCGACCAAGAGAAAGCCAUGGAGCUGUAAGUUCUGAACCCGAAAAGAAAAUAAAAAUACAAUAACGGGGAACGCGAUUCCGAGUAAGCUUAAAACUGAACCGAAGUGAAAACAACUACAACUACUACCGGGAUACUAACUGAAUUUAGUUGUUUCUUUAAUCAGCACAACCCCCACACUUUUUGUUUUCCCUUCCUCGUGGAAUUUCUCAUUCAGUUUCGGUCCAUAGCGUAAUGUGAGGAUUAUUGAUUACACUAACUUUAUGAUGCAUUAAUGAGUUUUAAUUUAUUUAGUAAAUAUUUUACUAACAGCUAUAGACACACACACACACCCUUGUCCCACGUUCCGAACGCGUAUACGCACACGCACACAAUGUUAGUUGUAUACUCGAGUUUUUUUUUCUUUGCGCGUGUGGAACCAUCUGUAAGUUGUAAGACGCGAAGAGUACAGUUCCGGCUCCAUUCUAUCUAGGCGUAGGUUUAGCGUUUGUUUAACUGUUAAGCUAAUAAUUUUACCACCCCACACACACACAUAAGCAGUUUAGUUUCCUGUUUUUUUAACGUUCCGAUACGACAAAUAGUGUAUAAUUAAACGUAUUUAUAGAACCCAA